UCAAAAAACUCUAAAGAUGAAAUCAAAACAAAUCCAAUAAAAUAGUUUUGUUUACUUUUUUAUUAGUUUAGUUAUUGAAUGUGUGUGAAAGUAAUAACUUUGGGUAUUAGGUGCAACUUUCCAGUUGCUCUGGAUUAUUUUAGUGCGGUAGAAUCUCAGCAGUAAAAAGUUUCAAUGUAGAAACCGCUAAUACUCCCGUUACUCGGUGUUCGCAGUGAUAUCCACGUCAGAAGUGUAUACAAGUUAAUAUAUUUAUCGUGAUGGGUCGGUCUAAAGGGUACCAGGAUCUGGAUGACAGCCAUAUACGGCCACGGUCUCCGGGGCCGCCGAUGCCACCACCACAAGAGAUUGAAAUGGCAUCGGUGUCCGUAGUCCCUGACGACACUUUCACUGUGACUCAAGCAGUAAAUGCUCUCGGGUUUGGCUGGUUUCAAGUUAAACUGUCACUAUUCACCGGCCUAUGCUGGAUGGCGGACUCUAUGGAGAUGACUAUAUUGAGCAUCUUGUCACCAGCCUUGCAUUGUGAAUGGAAUAUCAGCAAAUACCAGCAGGCAUUGACUACUACAAUAGUGUUCAUGGGAAUGAUGUUAAGCUCCACUUUCUGGGGGAACAUCAGUGACCGGUAUGGAAGGAAAACUGCACUAAGUAUGUGUGGUGUAUUACUGUUCUACUAUGGUCUGCUGAGCUCAAUAGCUCCAAACUUCCUCUGGUUGUUAUUCCUAAGAGGACUAGUGGGCUUUGCUAUUGGAUGUGUACCACAAUCUGUCACAUUGUAUGCAGAAUUUUUGCCAACAAAACAGAGAGCAAAAUGUGUUGUACUUCUUGAUUGUUUCUGGGCGCUGGGAGCUUGUUUGGAAGUAGCUCUGGCGCUGGUGGUGAUGCCCACAUUAGGUGUGCACUGGCUCUUGGCGUUGUCAACUAUACCACUACUGUUGUUUGCUCUUAUAUGCCCUUGGCUUCCUGAAUCUGCAAGAUAUCAUGUGGCGAGUGGCGAACCAGAUAAAGCUUUGGCAACAUUAGAACAGAUAGCUCAAGACAAUGGCAGACCGAUGCUAUUAGGUCGUCUGGUGUGUGACGACUCAGUGGGGAUCGGCCAGCGAGGGAGACUGAAGCAUCUGCUCAUACCGCAUCUGAGAAACACCAGUUUACUGCUCUGGUUCAUAUGGAUGUCAUGCGCGUUCUGCUACUACGGGCUGGUGCUGAUGACGACGGAGCUGUUCGAGUCGGAGGGCGGCGGCCUGGAGCAGCCCUGCGCCGCCGACUGCCGCCCGCUGCAGACCACCGACUACAUGGACCUGCUGUGGACCACGCUCGCUGAGUUCCCUGGUAUAUUCGCAACAAUAUUUAUCAUCGAAAAGUAUGGGCGUAAGAAGACCAUGGCUACCCAAUUUGUUAUAUUCGCAAUGUGUGUCUGCGUUCUCAUAUAUAAUGGAAAUCGUACAUUCCUGACGUGUAUUCUAUUUCUUGCAAGAGGAAUCAUAGCUGGUCUAUUCCAAGCGGCAUACGUUUAUACUCCCGAGGUUUACCCAACAGCGCUAAGAGCGACGGCGGUGGGCGCCUGCAGUGCCGUCGCCAGGCUCGGAGCUAUGAUCACACCGUAUGUGGCACAGGUUCUUCUAAAGAAUUCCAUAGUGAUAGCUACGAGCGUUUACUCUCUGGUCGCAGUGUUAGCAGCAGGAGCCUGCCUCGCACUGCCCAUUGAGACCAAAGGCCGGGAAAUGAGAGACACCGUCACGGUAACAAGCUAGACCAAAUACAUCCGUAUCUCAAAAUAUUGGUCAUUGUAAUAAAACCUUUAUUGGUAUUAAUAUUAGGUUUCAAAUUCAACGAUCUUCUUUCAGUAUUUUAUUGUACUUAAUAUUUUUUGUAAUCUCAAUCGUGUAGUCAAUUAGCGCAAUUUUGCGAUAAUUCGGACAUGACACAUUAUCUUUGUAAGCGUUAAGAAAUUUGCGUAUUUUUAUCACGGAGGUUUGAAUCUCAAAAGUUUUCUAAUAUAUACUCUAUUUUUAUAAGUCUACUUUUAUAUUUUAUACAAUUAUUAUUUAUACUAUGCCUAGUGCAGCUGACUUCUAACAGGUUCUAUUCCUGUCAUUUUUAUAUUUUAAUGUGUAGAUAUCUAUGUACAUUAUUUCUUACUACUAAGUAUACAAAUGUGUCCUCGAAUAUACGCAAUACUUUGUCUUAGUCGUUAAUAGUAUUAUAAUGACUAAAAAGUUAGUGUAACAUACUAAUUUAAAGAAAUAUAAAGACUGCCAAUACUUAUUAACAACAGAAUAUGGCAGUCUCUUUUAAUUUAUAACAUUUUUAAGAAACUCCUAGAAUUUAAGUAAAAUAUGGCUUAAUUCCCAAAAGACUGCUUUUGAGUAUGUGCCUAAUAUGAUUAUAGUAAUGUUUAAAUGCAAAAUGUACUUAAAUACUCAGAACUAAUGAAUGAAUACUCAGAAAUGUAUCCGUCCUGUUUAUUGUCUUCCAAUACUGUCAGUAUUCAUAAUUAUGUAAUGGCGGCUCCAUAUUCGUGCUGCGAACGCGUACUUAGGCUUAUGGCCUUAUAGCUAUUUGGAAUUCUGAUUUAAAACCGUCGCGUCAGACGAAACUUUAUUUCAAGAUUUUGUCAAAAAGCUACAUUGUAUAGGCUAUUUUUUAUACAUGUAAAUCGACAAUAUUUUCUGUCAAGUCAAGUCUGAAAACUUGGGUAUCUGGUAUUUAAUAGUGACCGAUACUUAAACACGUGAUUCUACUCGUGAUUACAAACAACUUCCCAAAUAAAUUUUCCCUCUCUUUCUUAUACUCAUUAUUUUUAUUCACAAUAACAGCUGUCUGAAAGUAAUAAGCUGUGACGAUACUUAUGUGAAUCUUUGUGGUCUAACUAGCCACUAACAAUCUGUCACGUUUUUAAUUAAAUUAAACUAAUAGUAAAUAAUUCGAGCGUUUUUAAAGUCGGAAACAGCUGUUAUCUAUAACAGUAGUAACAAGUUUAUUAGGGAAAGUUUGCAAUUAUGAGUACAAUCGCGUGUUCAAGUAUCGAUCACGUUUUACCAGUCAUAUGUAUAUGCAUUUUAUGUGACCGCUCUUCAACUCAAUGUACCAACGCCAUGUAUCAACUGCCUAGCUUUUUACUAUUAUGUUGGAAUAGGCCGGCCCAGCCAGAUUUAACAUGGGCAACAAGAUACCUCUCGAUAUGAUUGAUUAUCAGACUUCCUGGUGCUACUACUAAUAAUGAACAAAUGAGCAUCGGGACACAAUUCAUCAUUCACUUCAAAACACGGAAGAAUUGACUAUGAUAUAGAAGGAUAUCCAUGCACCCGCACAAUGACUCAUAUACAUUGGAAUUUGGUUCUUAUGCGAAUCUAAUUACGACUCAUAUUUUAUCACAUAACAAUUUAAAUACAACUUUAUCGGCUUGAUUUGCAUUUUUCUGAACGAUAACUCUUUAUCUCACAACGAUAACAAUAUGAUCAUCAUGUAAUUUCCAAUUAAAUAACAAAUUCUUUGAUGAUUUAAAAUUGACUUGUAAUCUUUUCGAUUCCUAUUUUUUUUCCUUGCGUGUAAAAUAUUCUAUCGAAUAGUCACAGUAACCAAAAUAAACCAAUCCAACAUUCAUGAAAUUUUCUAGUCUCUAGUUUUUGUACUCUCUUACUCAAAAUAUGUUCAAUAUCGUUAGCCUAGGUUUCUGGCGUUCUCUAACUAUCGAAUUGUUAUUAUAACUUAAGGUUGUGAUAUCGUUAAGUAUCCAGGUGCUAUAGAGGUACCUGCUUUACUACGAAAUAUUUAAUUCAUGUAAUAUUGGUAACAAAACAAAGUAUACCUAUUAUCAAACAAAAUUGUACUAAUGGCUAUUGUAAGAUUGGAAGUUACAUCCAAUUCUUUGAAAGCAAUUUCUAAAAAGGAGAACUUCUCAAUUCGGCUACUUUUAUUUCUAUGCAUUUUUCAAUUUAUUCAAAAAAUAAGUUAACUCAUAAUAAAACAAUUCAAUAGCAUUCAUAUGUAUUUUCUCUACACUUCAAAUUUUCAUCUAAAGUUGAUUUAAUUCUUUGUUCAAUAACGUCAAUCAGGGUUUAUGUGUACAAAUAGAGAAUGGAACAUUUAUUGUAAACCUAGCAAAUCUCUUACAAUUAUUUUAGUCUGAAUAUAAAUUACGAUUAA